AUGUCCAAAUCGGGCUCCUUGGAAGAAACAUAUGUCCUGAUUGAGUUCAAUAGGCCUUGUGCUUUCGGUUUGAUUGAGCUCCGGUUCAACUACUGGUUUGAUGACCGCAUCAGUGCUGAUGAUCUGUUAAUCUCUGGUGUGCUGAUCAAGGAGAGAACUCUUGAUGUGAAGCAAGGUUCAUUGUGGUUAGGAGACGAUGGUCCUUCAGAAGAGGAGAAGGCUGUGGUCCCAGAGCAUGACUUUGCUAUUGUCACCUUCUCAUACUUCUACAAUCUCGGUAGGCUGGGUUUGCUCGAUUAUCCAUGCCGUCUUCUCACGUCUAGUCCGUCAGUAGAAUUAGGGAACGCGAGGACAGUGGCAGGAAGAGAAAGAAGUCUUUCUCGGAUCCAGAGCACACCAGUGAAUCUCUGUGUAACCAGUAUGACUCUUCUGAGGAGGUUUCUUCAGCUCGUAAUUCAAAAUUCUUCAAGAGCUCUAGUAGCCGAGUUUGAUGAUCAUCUCACGAACAAGAUAGUCAUCAAGAACAGAACGGUAAGACGGGAGCUGAGGAAGCAACAGAGGAUAUUUUCUGAAAGGAUAUGCGAAGUUUGA